GUGUCUCACGUUCAGGCCGGGUAAGAAAGAGGUCUUCGAAGCUCGCUGAUUUUAAAUUGCUGGAUGAAAUUGACGCUUGCUUGAAUCGGAGAUAUGAGAGGCCUUGCAAACUGCGGAAAAUUAUGGAUAUUAAACCACCAACGGACGCUGACGACAAUGUCUCGGAUAACUUCGCAGACGACAACUACAUUGAAGUGAAAGAUGUAUACAUGGCAAAAGGUGGAGAAUUACCAGGAGGAGGAGGAGGAAGAGGUAUGUAG